AUGAAUAAUUCUCAGUCAGUUUCUUUGACAACAACUGUUCGUGGAAUAAGUUCUACAACUGCACCAUAUCUAAAUCUGUGGCGUAAAGGUAGUAGCCAACCCACAAGAAAUAUCUCCGGUAAUUUAAACAAUCCAUAUACUGUUUUCGUUACAAGUAAUGGUGAUAUUUAUGUUGACAAUGGUUAUGCAAAUAGUAGAGUGGAUAAAUGGGCAUUAAAUACAACAAAUAGUACUGUGGCAAUGAACGUCAGAAGUUCUUGUUGUGGUCUUUUUGUCGAUAUUAAUAAUAAUCUUUAUUGUUCACCGAUUAAUUAUCAUCAAGUUAAUACAAAAUCAUUGGAUAGUAAUUCAAAUAUAUGGACAAUCGCUGCUGGUACAGGAUGCGCUGGAUCAACAUCAAAUACGCUUCAUGAUCCUCGCGGAAUCUUUGUUGAUACAGAUCUUAAUUUGUAUGUUGCUGAUUAUACCAACAAUAGGGUGCAAAAAUUUCUAUCACAACAAGUAAAUGGAAUAACGA